AUGUUACAUUCAGCUUUACCAUUACCGACAGACCUUGAUUCAUUAUUUGUGCCAUAUUUCAAACUGAAUAUAGAUGAAUUAUUUAUAUUUAUGACAACAAGACGUUUAUUAUCAGCUAGUAGUAAGUCAACAUAUUUACAAGUUGACGGUACGUAUAAAUUAAACUGGAAUGAUUUUCCUUUACUAAUUUGUGGGACAAGUGAUUCUCAACGUCAUUUUCACCCGUAUGGAAUAGCAUUAGUGAAUAGCGAUGAAGCAGCUACUUGUUAUAUAGAACUAUUUAAAACACUAAAAUGGUCAGUUCCUUUAGUUACUCAUCAAGCAUAUGUCGUGAAUUAUGCUAUGUGCGAUGGGUCUAAAGGUUUAACGUCUGCUCAACAACAAGAAUUUCCAGCAGCAUUAAGACCCAUGUGUUGGCCUCAUGUAAUCAGACGCUGUAGAGCUCACAGAACACUUGUACCAAAAGACAAAUGGGACGAGCUGGAUCGUGACAUAUGUUUCAUACAACUAUGCUGCAAUGAAUAUCUGUUUGAUAUAGCAUCUAAUUUACUGAUUCAAAAGGAGAGUGAUAAACAAUUACAUGCGUUUAAAGAAUAUUUCAAAAAAGAAUGGAUCGAUAAACUAAAAUACUGGUUUGAAGGGGCUGCUUUAAGACACCCGUUAACCAAUAACGGGCUUGAAAACUGGUCUGAAAAACUGACUGUGGCUGGGUUUUCGCAAAAUGUUGUUAUAAGUGAAGAACUAGAAACAUUAGCACUAAAAUGGUCUCAAGAUGUUAUCAAAUAUGCAACUCCAAUUCCAUGGAAUAUUUUUGAAACGGUUGUUCCUACAUCACAUCCAAUAAUGAGUAUCCAAGAGUGGAUUAAUUGUUUUGGUAGCAAUGCAUUUUCAUCAUUCAGUCACUUUAAGAUAUGGUUCUUUUGCAAAGAAUACGUUUGUAAACAUACAGUUGGACUUGCAGUUGCUUUUGGCUAUCAUGUAAUCUCAAAAGAUCGUAUGCCUUUAGGACCAAAAAAACGUGGUGGACCAAAAAAAUCUAGUCUUGCUCUACUUUUUUGA